CCCGCAGACACGUUUCCGGUUUACGUGUUGACGUUUACGUAGGCUCAGUUGUGAUGGCAGCCUUUGGGUGACUUCAAAACAGUACUGAGUAUAAACUGUUAAAAAGUUAGCUGACACCCCCCUAAACCAUAACAGUGCACACCUGAACAGUUCCCAGAUAGCACACGCCUCAAACACACACACCUGCCCGCUUAGGGGAACGGUAAGUUAACGUGGCACUAUGCCCGCAGCUACUGUGGAUCACAGCCAAAGAAUAUGUGAGGUGUGGACCAACAACCUGGAGGAGGAGUUGAAGAGAAUCCGACAAGUUAUCAGAAAAUACAACUACAUCGCCAUGGACACGGAGUUUCCCGGUGUCGUAGCCAGACCAAUCGGAGAGUUUAGGAGCAACGCCGACUACCAGUACCAGCUACUGCGCUGCAACGUGGAUCUGCUGAAGAUCAUACAGCUGGGCCUCACAUUCAUGAAUGAGCAGGGGGAAUACCCUCCAGGAACUUCAACAUGGCAGUUCAAUUUCAAGUUCAACCUUACCAGCACCAGGCCGGCUCGGACUCCUUACUCACUGGCAUGGCCUUCUUCAAAAUGAGAGAGAUGUUCUUUGAGGAUCACAUUGACGAUGCAAAGUACUGCGGGCACUUGUAUGGGCUGAGCUCGGGCUCUGCCUACGUCCAGAACGGAACAGGAAACGCCUACGAAGAGGAGGCCAACAAGCAGCAGUCAUGACACCGCUCUGAUUCUCCGCCGCCCUGCAGCACCCACAAUCCGUGCAGCACUCAGGCCUAGCCGGGCAACGACAGUGACAGGAACUAAGACGGAAAAGAAAAAGAACCAACGACAUACAUAUGCAUCAUUUAGCAAGCUAUUUGUCAUAGUUCAGCAUAGACGUUACGACGGUGAACAGAAUCCCAGCUGUCCUCGUUCAUGCUGCAGACGCAUGUGUGUGAGUUUAGUCUUUUAUUCCUAUGAGGGGGCAGAAAGGAUGGUUAGUUCAGUUUAGUUCAACAUGAUUGAAAAAGAUUGCGUUUUAGUUUUCCUGAAGUGUUCUGUAGACAUGUUUUGCACUUUAAAGCUCUACCCUGAUUUUAAACGGAAAGCUGGACACGUUCCUGGUGUGUGUGAGUGUGUGUGUGUGUGUGUGCGUAUUUGUGUCUUUGCUGCCUUCUGUGUUCAUGGUUUCCAUUGUGAACAUGUACAACCACAACAAAGCAGCUCUCACCAUGCUCAGCCUUAAUAUAAUCUGCAUUCUUCUCUUUUAAACUUUUAAUUUAUUGUGUGUCCCUUCCUCACUCCGCACACCCAGGAGCUCUCCUGAGAGUGUUUACCUGCACACGACUCUUCUGUUCAUAUAAAGAUUGUUUCUAAUGAAUCAGCUCUGAUUUCACUGUGAGCCAAACUUGUGCGUCCGCUCAAGAAUAAGACGUAAAAUUCUCUUUUUAUUUCUGUAAGCUGCGUUGUGUCUUUAUUUUUGCUCAGAUGAGUUACACGUCUUACGAGUGUGUGCUGGUGUUGUUUAGAUGAAAGUGUUAUUUGUGCUUGUAAACACCUCAGUGACACGUGCAAUCAACAGAAGCUCUUACACUAAACAUUAGCCAGCUACUCUGCUCAGUUCAUUUUUGUGGAUCCUCCUUUUGUUUCAGUUGUACAUGAAGAUAUUUUGGUUAUUGGAAUAGUAAUGUAGCUUAUUAAAACUCUUCAUUGAAUUGUUUUCUACGUUCUAGUUUCCUCAUGCUGCGUCCUGAAGCUGCAUGUACUAAAGCUCCAGACAUAACGCGUGUUGUUGAGUAGCAUCCACAUCUGGCCGAGUUUCGGAAGUGUAGGUUUGUGACUUCUAUUACCCUGCUGCUGCGUCUGAAACGGACGGGUUUUUUUUCCUUUCCAGCAGGUCAUCCACCACACUGUAAAGAAAGGUUAUGCAAUAUAAGAGAGGAAUGUUUUUAGAUUUUUUUGUAAAUAAAGGCUUGAGAUUUUUCUACAACUCCAA